UCUACACGAGGCCAGGUUGUAGAAGCCCUUAGUUUCAGAGCCCUUCUCUGUCCCUCCCUGCCUCUGGACCUCUUCACUGUUCCCCUCGCCGUGUGCCCUAAGGAGGAAUGUUCCAGAGCAGAGCUGUGAUCCUGAGCACCCUCUCCCUGGCUUUCCUGCUGAGUCUCCCAGGGGCUGCGGCCAUCAAGGACCAUGAGUUAUCUAAUGCUGCGUUUGUCCAGACGCAUAGCCCGUCAGGGGAGUAUAUGUUUGAGUUUGAUGAGGAUGAGAUGUUCUACGUGGACCUGGAGAAGAAGCAGACAGUUUGGCAUCUGCCAGAGUUUGGUCAAGCCUUCACCUUUGAUGCUCAGGGCGGGCUUGCCAACAUUGCCAUACUGAAGAACAACUUGAAUGCAGUGAUCCAUCAUUCGAACCGCACCCAGGCCCCCAACGAUCCCCCUGAGGUGACCGUGUUUCCCAAGCAGCCCGUGGAGCUGGGCGAGCCCAACAUCCUCAUCUGCCAUGUGGACAAGUUCUUCCCACCCGUGCUCAAUGUCACAUGGCUGCGGAAUGGGCAGCCAGUCACCGAAGGUGUUUCAGAGAGCAUCUUCCUGCCACGCACAGAUUACAGUUUCCACAAGUUCCUCUACCUGACCUUCCUUCCCAACACCGAGGACGUCUAUGACUGCAAGGUGGAGCACUGGGGCCUGGACGAGCCGUAUCUCAAGCACUGGGAGCCCCAGGAGCCCAUCCAGGUGACAGAGACGACGGAGACUGUGGUCUGUGCCCUGGGCCUGCUGGUGGGCCUGGUGGGCAUCAUCGUGGGCACCGUGCUCAUCAUCAGGGCUCUGCGUUCCAGUCGCGACCCCCGCGCCCAGGGACCCCUGUGAAAAAAUUUCUGAAAGAAGAUUAAGGAGAAAUUUGAAUCCCAGGUGCCCUACAAACUCUACCCUCAGCUUCAUUCUCAAUUCCUGUGCUCUGUACUCUGCUGAUCAACUUCCUUGAAGAUGCUUCAAGUCUGAGGCUGUGGACUUGCCUGAUCCCAUCUGAGGACCCUUCAAGUCCGUAUUUGUGACCUUAGAGCCCUUAGCCCUUAGUAAUGUUCCCAAUACAUACAAGGCAAUGGAUCACUGUUAAUGCUGGCGUGGAGAUCAUCGCUUCGCUGGAGUUCGUAGCCUCGGGUUUCCUCAGCAGAGCCCUUUACUGCCCCCUUUCUGAGAAUACUGAGACCAAUAAACUCUUCAGUAUUUCAGAGCCAACAAA